AUGGAGGACGCUAUUACAUUUGUCAAACAUAUUGGUGAAAGGUAUCUCUGGGUAGAUUUGUUCUGCAUUGAUCAAAGUAAUAAGGAGCAGAAGCAAAGUCAGAUCAAUUCGAUGGAUCGAAUAUACGCUUCUGCUUACUUGACUUUAGUUUGUCUAGAUGGCCGAGAUGCUGAUUGGGGAUUGCCCGGCAUCUCCAGGCCACUGCUGCAAACGAUUCAGCCGACAGUUACGCUAGUUGCAGGUCGUCUCACGGCUACAUUCAUCUACUCUGUAUGGGAUAACAACGGCAAUUCGGUCUGGGACACUCGCGCUUGGACAUUGCAGGAGAGGCUGCUAUCUCGACGGUGUAUCAUGUUUGCCAACACAUACAUUUCAAUGACAUGUCAGGCAGAAUUCUUUCACGAUUCUGUGAGCACUAGCGUUGAGGCGAGUGGAAUCAAAAGCUGGUUAGGCGAUGAUUACUUCAGAGAGGACGGCUCGGGAAUCGACCUAAACGAGGAGGAAUGGGACUUCAAGACGUUUGACGCGCUGGUCUCUGUGUUCUCUGGCCGCACAUUGACUGUAGAGUCUGAUGUGCUCAAUGCAUGUCAAGGUUCUUUGAACAAAAUCAGUAGAAAAACGACAUACAGCUUUUGCUUCGGUCUGCCCAUGGAUGACAUCCUCCGAGCCUUGCUUUGGAAGCCGCACCAUGACCUCAUACUAAGCAGACGACUAGGAUUUCCUUCAUGGAGCUGGCUUGGAUGGUCUGGAAGAAUUGAAUAUGCUUAUUGGAUCGCCGACAUGUCAGCCUACCACGCGGACGAUUCCAAAGCAGAAGUGCCACCGAUCAAAAGACCACGAUUAUCUGUGUUCAAGCCUUCGACUCCACACCCAGAAAGCGCGAAAGCGUUGAGUUAUGGGACCGAGCCUGAUGGGAAGCCAUCAAUUCGAUUCUCGUCAACUGUAGCCAAGUUCAGACUCCGCAUGGUACGGCCAGAUGGUGUAGCCCAUCGGAACUUACCACCCAAUUCCCAGCAGCCCAAAAACGCGGUUGGCGACCAUUGGACUAUGUUGAAUUCCGUGGGCAAUGCAAUUCAGAAUCUAGCGGGUGAGUAUCCCAUCUUCGAGCAUACCGAUGUUUUUUUCCGCCUCAAACCAGAGUAUUCUACCGUCUUACUUCAGCAAGAGAGCAAAGCUGAUUUGCUUUUCAUCCAUCAUUGGCCUCGGAUUCGAGAUUCUAAAGACUCUAACAAAUGGCUGUACGACAUGGUAAGCGCAUUGCUCAUCAUUCGGAACGAAGAUAAUACGGCAUGGCGUUUAACAUCCGUUCUAAUGAAAGCUGAAGAAUGGCAUGCUCAAAACCCGCUUCCCGAGAUAAUCAUCUUAAUUUCGGCAUCAAGAUGCCUUUGA